AAAGAAAUAUGUGCCAAACUAAAUCGCUAGUCUGUGGUCAUUGCAAAAUAUAGGCAGGCAGGCAAAGAAGAAAGUGACAACGUUUCUGGGUCAAAUCAGAAGCGUGUGGACGCUCAAUGUCGCUGGGCCAGAAGCAACAAGAAAAGUGGGUCUAGUGGCCAUUGUUUUCAGCUUGUUGAUGUGCACAAUGGAAAGGCCGAUGCAUACAGAUACAAAUUCUCAGAUAUCUAUAUUUGAAAUCUGGACAACAGCUGGAAGAGGCAAAGGUAAAGAAACGGCAAAAGACCUGAAUGCGGAUUAGUUGCAAAACGUUGCUCGAGUCUCGGAGAUGGCACUGCAGCUGCAAAUUGAGAAGCUCAAAGGUUUGGACAACUACAAGGCCUGGUCGAUGACGGUGCGGGCGUAUCUGGAGUCGGAGGAACUCUGGACGGUGGUGGAGAAUGGUCCCGAGAACAACGAGGAGUCCCUGCUGAAGGACAAGCGAGCCAAGUUUUUGAUUCUCUGCCUGAUCGAGACCAAGCUGUGCCAAUUCAUGGUCAGCAUCCGCACGGCCCGGGAUCUGUGGAAUUACUUGCGCACCCAGCACUCGCUGCGUUAAAGUAGAAAUCAAUAUAGAUCAGUUUCAGUCCAUUGUAUUACAAAUAUGUAUAUGAAUUACAUUUGGAAAGAAUAGCGCUUUUUU